UACUAUUCCAGAUCGGCUGCAGCUUUGUGUCUAUCCAACCGUUUAUCUGUACACUACUAACAACGAUUUCCCUCAGCUCUGCGUGUAUUUAAUAACAAAUGUCCCAUGGGAGCUGAAGCAUGGAGGUGGUUCUGAGCAGGCUGAGGGGGCUAAGUGCCGAUAAGCUGCGCGAGGAGUUUGCCCGAGCAGGCCUCAAGUGUGGUCCUAUUACCGCGACCACCCGAGCCACCUUUGAGAGGAAGUUGGCUCGAGUCCUGGCCGGGCCAGAGAGCAGUGGCACUGAAUCGGACAACAGCUCUUCAGCCAGUUCCUCGGGCGGUACGGCCUCCAAUGCAGAUUAUGCCAAACCUGGGUCAUAUGCCAAUUCAGCAGUUGCACCCACCACUGCUGAAACAAGCAUCAAACUUGCUGAGGCAUCCGGCGAAGACUUGGACUUUGGCUACGGUGUGGGUCUCAACCCUCCAGAGGAAGAGGUGAUCUCAGUAAACACAACCUCAAACAGCUUUGCGGAAGGCAGUAACUCUAACUGCAAAACGGAAACCCCUUCAAAGUUGGCACAAGUGUCCCCACCCUCUUAUUUUGGAGUAUGUCCACUGUGGGAAGAUGUUUUCACUAGGAAUGAAAGAGCACACGUGUACACAGAUAAGAAAGAUGCCCUUCAAGCUGUUAAGAUGAUGAAGGGAGCCCGCUUCAAAUCCUUCCCCAACCGUGAGGAUGCUGAGAAGUUUGCUAAGGGGAUCUGUGACUAUUUCCCCUCUCCCAACAAAUCUGCAGCUUGUGUAUCUCCUGUCAGACCAGGCCUGGUCAUUUGUAAAGACAACAUGGAGGUUGAUACCAUCAACCGGGAGCGGGCCAACAGUUUCAAGAGCCCACGCACCCAAGACCUGACCGCCAAACUGAGGAAAGCUGUGGAGAAGAACGACGCGGUGACCUUUAUUGAUCUGGUCUGGAGCAACCCACGCUAUCUCAUUGGUUCAGGGGAUAAUCCCACUAUUGUGCAGGAGGGCUGCCGGUACAACGUAAUGCACGUGGCAGCCAAGGAGAACCAGGCUGGAAUCGCCCAGCUGCUGCUGGACACCUUGGAAGACCCCGAGUUUAUGCGCCUCAUGUAUCCAGACGACCAGGAAGUUAUGCUGCGGAAACGUAUCCGCUACAUUGUCGAUCUUUACCUCAACACUCCAGAUAAGGCUGGCUUUGAAACACCACUCCACUUUGCCUGUAAGUUUGGGUGUCCAGACGUGGUUAAUGUCCUGUGUUCGCAUCCUGACAGCGAUAAGAACUGUAAGAACAAGGAUGGCCACAAGCCGUUUGAUAUUAUUUGUAGCAGAAAAAAUAAAACCCAAGAAGUGAAGCAGAAGAUAACUGACUAUUUGGAGGACCGCUGCUAUAUCCCUUUGCUGAGGGCAACUGACAACACCUUCCAGCCCAUCAUUGGUGGUCUGUGGUCACCUGAGUCCUCAGAAAGUCUUUCGCUGACCCAUCGGCACACAAGAAGCCCAAUGGACCCUGUGAUGGCUGUCACAGCCUUCGCUGGCCCACUGAGUCCUUCCAAAGCAGAUCAAUUCCGUCGGUACUGGAAGACGCCGCCCAGAGACAGGGCGGAGCUAUUCCACCACAUUCGGAAGUCUGAUCCUGACCGUGGGGCAGAGAGAGUGGGCAGAGACCUGGCUCAUGAGAUGGGCCACCCAUGGGCUGAGUACUGGGACUUUCUUGACAGUUUUGUGGAUCUGUCAUCAACUGAGGGGCUUCGCAUGCUGGACGAGUACCUUAGCAAGAAGGACUUCAGCUCACGGGCUCAUGAAGAAGCCGGGGAGAAUGAGACCAGCAACAGGUUCAAAACCCCCUCUCCAGGCAAGCCCAAAAAGUUCUGCAACUCCAUCUCUGUUGGUGCCUUCCUGGACGAGCGUGAUGACAUUAGCCUUGAGGAGAUGAAGAACCGGCAGAACGCAGCACUCACCAGCAUCACAUCCUCGGCCGCAUCCAAGGACUGCCUGAAGGGAGCGGCGGGGGGCCACGAGUUCCACAUCCUGCCCAUCCUACUGCACCACCACGGGGCUGACCUGAUCGAAAAAGCGGCAGAGCAGGACUUGCUGUGCCGCUGCGGCGACGGCCUCCUCACGCCCGGCAUCGUCUGCAAAAACGGGGUGUGCUCCUCCUCCAGAGAUCGGACUCACAAUGGAGACAAGGUGACCCCUCGCACCUCCCCGUCCUCCUGCCUGCUGUCGCCCGUCUCCAAUCUCACAGUCAACUUUGAGCGCAUGUCUCUGCUCGAGCCGCUGGACGGCAGCCCCACCAGCUGCAGGGAGCGGAGGAGCAGCGGCGGGAGCCGGCACAAGGACUCCUACAGCUCCUCCUCGGCCACAGACCUCAGCUCCGGGGUGAACCGCCUGUCUCUUGGUCACAGCGGUCAGGACGGCGACGCGGUGGAGGUGCCGGGCUUGAGAACAGAGGGAAGAGGGACAGAGGAGAGGCGCAACAGUGGCAGCUCGGAGGAGUACUUUGAAGCAGAGGAGAAUCUGGAGGUGUUGGGCAGGACUAGGGGGUCAAUAUCAGGGGGGCGCAACUUCUGUGCUCGGUCCAAGUCUUGGGACCAUGGGGGGAGGGACCUGAGCAGCUCUGGAUCCUCUGGGUCCUCCUAUAAGUCCUUCGAUAACUCGAAUGAGUUCCUACCCAGGACCCCGCCGCAUAUUCAAAGAGGACUUUUCAUUGAUGGGGAUUCCCCAUCCAGGUUGGACAGAGAGGUCCUGUCGGCAAUAGAAAGUUUAGACUUCGAUCCCCAGAAGUAUCCCAGCAUUCUCAAGUGGAAAAGCACAAUGAAAUCGUACUCGGCGUCAGACAUGCAGAGCUGGCCCAGCCCUGCGGUGGUAAAACCGCGACUCAGGAUGCAACAUCAGACUCCCGGGUCACCGGUCAGCGGCCCGAUGUCUCCCACCGUCCGCUUCAGUCCUGCCCGGCAUGCCGCCUCGCCAGACUUCAGCCGCUACAGCCCUGCCAACGUCAGCUACAUCCAGCGCAUCCGCCUCAAGCACUUGAACGAGCCGUCUAACUGACCACUAUGGCCAUACCCUCUCCUAGCCCUAACCCCGACCUCCCACUCGCAUUUCAAAUCCAGCUGCACCAAGGUGGCUACACCCAAGCUCAGAAACCCUCUACCUAACAGAAAUAUGCACAAGUGUCAGGAGGAUUUGUAUUCAUAAAGUAUGGUACUACGCCGAUGUAAUACAGGAAUUCUCAUCACGUUGGGUUGUGAUGUACACUCAAGACUUUUAAAAAGGACAAAAAGAAACGUUGAUAAUUGAUGUACUGUGUGGACGUGGGCCGUGUUGAAUUGACGGUAAUGUUAUUUGUGGCGAGUGUGAAGCACCUGUAUCGCAGCCCGAGUCAACGACGACAAGCCGCACUCCCCAAAGUUAGUUCCUUCACGAAAACCUCGGUGCUGAAUCUUCAACAUGAUUCUGUCACUGCGGAUGUUCUUUACAACAACGACAAAAAAAAAAGUUAAUUGUCAAUAUUUUAAAAGUUAUAUUUUGUAUGUUGGUCAGUAGCACAACAUUUUUUUGUUUUUAUUAAUGGUGUUAAAACCGACUGCCAUUUCCUAUGUUUUCCUCAGUUCAGAAAUUGCCUUAAUUUUCUAAAGUGAUGGACCAGCUAUUGUCAGUUUGGACACACUCUCUCGCUAUUACAUUAAAUAUCUGGACAUGGCAACGUCACUGGCUGCGGGAUUUACAGAUGAUUAGGGCAGACAUGGGAAAAACUGAUUUGACUGAGAUCUUCCAUGUUUUUAUUUUGUUCUUCAAUAAAUGCAUACAUUUUU